CUCGUCCUUUUGGACAGUGUUGAGCGGGUGGCGAGGGAUACGCCUCCUGUGGAGAACUUCGAGUCGAGGUUUGGGAAUCUGGCUUUUCGGAUGUUUUAUGAUUGUGUCUCUGAGAUUUCACCGGAGUUACACACAUCGCUCCCUGGUUUGCCGAGUGAAGCUAUCGAGGAACUGUCGGUCUGUUUCAGCGAGGCAUGGGGCAAUCGCAUGCGUAUCGAUUUCGGGAGUGGGAUGGAACUCAAUUUCCUGUGCUGGCUCUUAUGUUUAGAAUGGCUACAGGUCUUACGAAAAACGGACCACAGAGCGAUCAUUAUUCGUUUAUUCUGGAGAUACAUAAAUACCAUGCGGAUACUCCAAUCAACCUACUGGCUAGAACCGGCUGGCUCGCAUGGCGUCUGGGGGCUGGACGACUGCCACUCUCCCCCGUUUCUCUUUGGGCAUAAGUACACCCGUCCCAAGGCGAUACACUACCCCGAGAUGGUGGUGGAAUACUUAAAAGACUACAUGUAUUUCACUUGUAUCGCUUUCAUUAACUCGGCGCCCUCCCUCCGAUGGCAUUCCCCCAUGCUCAACGACAUAUCAGCCAUGCGCCUCCUUCCUCCUUUCCCUCCUGGCAUGCUCAAAAUGUACCUUGCCGAAGUUCUCAACAAGCUCCCCUUA